CACAAUUUUAAUGUGACUAGAUAAGAGAAGAGGACACACCCGAAUCACUUUUUCUUCUUCAUUCAUCCUCUUCUUCAGUUAUUAGGGUUUCUGCACUUUCUCCCCUUCACUCCCAUUUUUCCAAUUCUACCCUUCUCCACUUCCCAUGGCGGAGGUAAUCAACUUGCCACCCGAAUCUCUCGAUCGAUCUCCCUCCGCUUCCGCUCCUCCGCCGCCACCGGCGGCUCCACCUGCUCCUAUUCCUCCUACCUCAUCCUCCGCUGCCGAUGACGAUCUCCCGCCGCCUCCUCCCCCUCGCCGGAGGGACCGCCGUGACGACCGUGAUUUCGACCGCCCCCGCGGCGGCCGGGAUUACUACGACCGUGAUAGGGACUUCAAGCGCCGCCGCAGCCCUAGCCCUGGCUACCGCGAUCGCCGCCAUUCCCCUCCCCGACGUUCACCGCCUCCGUAUAAGCGAUCUAGAAGGGGCAGCCCCCGCGGUUAUGGACCCGAUGACAGGUUUGGACAUAAUUACUCUGGUGGCUAUGAACGGGGAGUGGGUGGAAGGACUGGUUACGCAAAUGAAAGGUCGUAUGGCAGGUUUGGACAUCGAUCUGCUGGGGGAUUUCAAAAUGGAAAUUCUGUUCAUUUUGCAGAUGUGGAUAUGAAUCGUGGUUAUUCAGAUUUGCCAAGUGGAGGUGCACAAAGAGAGGGGUUGAUGUCCUAUAAGCAAUUCAUUCAGGAGCUUGAAGAUGAUGUACUGCCUGCUGAAGCUGAGCGUAGGUAUCAAGAGUACAAAUCAGAGUAUAUUUCUACUCAAAAACGAGCUUAUUUUAAUGCUCAUAAGGAUGAGGAGUGGUUGAAAGACAAGUAUCAUCCAACAAAUUUACUUACAGUGAUUGAAAGGAGGAAUGAAAAUGCACGACGAGUGGCAAAGGAUUUUUUGCUUGAUUUGCAAAGUGGAACAUUAGACCUGAAUUCUGGGUUAAACUCUUCUCCACCCAAUAAAUCAGGGCAGGCCAGCGAGGGAAAUUCAGAGGAGGAAACAGAUGCUAGUGGUAAACGAAGAAGACAUGGUAGGGGAUCCAAUAACGAUAAUGAUUUCUCAGCUGCUCCAAAGGCUCACCCUAUUAGUUCUGAGGCUAGACGCAUCCAAGCAGAUAUUCAACAGGCUCAGGCUGUUGUUCGUAAGCUUGACAUCGAAAAGGGGAUUGAAGACAAUAUUUUAUACACCAGUGAUCAAAGUAAAAAUGAUGAUAAGGCUCACAGUGGGUCUGUGGGCCCCAUAGUAAUUAUCCGGGGCCUAGCAUCUGUUAAGGGCUUGGAGGGUGUUGAGCUACUGGACACUCUUAUUACAUAUCUUUGGCGGAUUCAUGGUAUUGAUUAUUAUGGAAUGGUGGAGACUAAUGAGGCUAAAGGUUUUAGGCAUGUGAGACCAGAUGGAACCGGGCACGAAGAAGCAAGUAAAUCAGGGCCAGAAUGGGAGAAAAAACUUGAUUCAUUUUGGCAGGGAAGGUUGAAUGGUCAGGAUCCCUUGGAUGUAAUGACUGCUAAGGAAAAGAUAGAUGCUGCAGCGACCGAUUUUUUGGAUCCACAUGUUAGAAAAAUAAGAGAUGAAAAGUAUGGAUGGAAGUAUGGUUGCGGAGCUAAGGGCUGCACAAAACUUUUUCAUGCAUCUGAGUUUGUGCAUAAACAUCUGAAGCUAAAACAUCCAGAGCUUUUGAUGGAACUAACGGCAAAAUUGCGGGAAGAUCUUUAUUUUCAAAAUUACAUGAAUGAUUCUAAUGCACCUGGUGGAACACCUAUCAUGCAGCAACCUCAGAAGGACAGGACUCUAAAGCGUAGAUUGCUUGAUGCCCGAUUGAAAGAUGAUAGGGGUAGUCGACGAGACAUGGAUAAGAGUGAUAGAAUAAAUGGAGAUAGGCCUGACAAUUCUCCAUCCCGGGAAAGGCAACGGGGAAACCAUGAUGAAGGCGAAGCAAUGUAUGAUUCAUAUGGAGGGCCUGCUGUACCUCCAUUUACCUCAGAUAUGCCCCCUCCUCCACCAGUUUUGAUGCCUGUACCUGGUGCUGGGCCUUUGGGACCCUUUGUUCCUGCUCCACCAGAGGUUGCAAUGCAGAUGUUUAGGGAUCAAGGAGGUCCAUCUUCAUAUGAUCCAUCCGGAAUGAACAUGCGAUCCGGUCCUCACAUGGGUGGACCUGCACCAAUAAUGGCUGUUCCUCCAGGAUUUAGACCUGAUCCGCGACGAAUGCGAAGUUAUCAAGAUUUGGAUGCCCCAGAAGACGAAGUCACUGUGAUAGACUAUCGGAGCUUGUAGGUAUGACUGAGUUUGGCUGAGUAUCUCUAAUUUCAAUGGCAUUGGGUAGGCAGCAUGUUUGUUCCUGUCAAUGAGAGCAGCAGAUUAAUAGUACUAAUGGGUUCAGGCUUUCGUUUGUUUAGUGAAUUUGCUACUUUGAUGUAGGUUGAAAGAUAAUAUUUGUUCAGAUUUUUAGAUUUCUUGACCAAAAUGCCAUCUGACUGGUCGGCCUACUUUCAAUUGACGAUUGUAUUUAAAUUUAAGGCUGAAUUAUUUGUAGAGAUACAAGCAAAUAUAAGACCUUAUCCCCCUCCCCCCAAACAAAAUACAAUGACUGAUUUUACUUGGUUCCUA